ACUUAUAAUUAUAAUUUCGUUUUAGCAAAAUCUGCUUAUACCUUUCCGAGAGACCUCGACGUACCGAAGAUGUCGUACUUCAUCCCGCCCGUCAACUAUGGCAUGAUCGAGGAGGACCUGUACCGCUCAGGGCAGCCGAACGAGCUCAACUUCCCCUUCUUGGAGCGGCUGAACCUGCGUACCAUUAUUUAUUUGGCGCUGGAGGAGCCCAACCCGCAGUUCCAGAGCUUCGUGGAGGAGCAAGAGAUUCAGCUCGUGUUCCUCGGCGGCAACACGCGCAUGGAGAGCCGCCGCAAGGCCUGGGAGCCGCUGUCCGAGGAAACCGUGCUCGCCGCGCUCGACAUUAUCCUGGAUCGCUCCAACUACCCGCUUUACAUCACGUGCCACCUCGGUCGAGACCGCACAGGUGCUGUGGUGGGUUGUCUACGCAAGAUUCAGGGCUGGCAUCUGUCGUCCAUCUUCGAGGAGUAUCGACGGUUCGCUGGCAGCAAGGUGCGGCUGCAGAACGAGCAGUUCAUCGAGCUCUUCGACACGGACUUGGUGACGAUCCCAGUGAACCCGCCGUCUUGGUUGAGGAAACACCUGUAGAGUGAAUGCUAGAAUGUUUGAGGAAAAAAAAAGAUUUUUUUGCAUAUGAAAACUGGGACUUGCAUUUAACAGU